AUGUAUGAGUAUGUUGACGCAGAGGCGGAGGGCGGGCGGUACGGCGCGUGGGGCGGCGGCGCGGAGGAGCGCGACGCGGCGCUCAAGGUGAGCAGCCUGCCGCCCGCGCGCGUCGCCGUGCCCGGCGGACACCGCAUCGCCGCGGUCGCCUGCGGCCUGCACCACACCGUGCUGCUCACCGAACACGGCGAGGUGCUGACGUUCGGCUCCAACCAGUACGGGCAGCUGGGCGCGGGCGACAUCGCCGUGCAUCACCGCAUCGUGCGCGUGCGCGUGCCCAAGGCGGCCAGCGUCGCCGCCGGCAGCAACCACACCGCCGUGCUCACGCGCGACGGAGAGCUCUAUACCUUCGGCAGCUACCAGAAAGGCUCGCUUGGCCGGCCACGUAUGGAGGAACCAGUGAGAGCGGACCGAAGCCCCAUCUGGUACGCCACGCCCGGCCGCGUGCCCAGGCUAGGUCCUCGCCACUCGUGCAAAGCAGUUUGGGUAUCUGCAUCUGGAGACCAAACCUUUGUCCAAGUUUCUCAGGCGCUGAUCAAGACAGACACCCUGUUCAGUUCUACCAUCUCAGCGAACAGCAACACCAUCAUAAUUCUCCCGAACCGGCCGGAGCACACAUUCAAGUGCAUCACUAUAAACCGAAUGGACGGCACGUGCAACACGUGGACGGGCCCCGAGCAGGUGGACUUCGUCAACAGCCUGGCGUGCCUCGACCCGCUGUACGACCUGCUGUGGUGCUACCAGCCGCAGAUGAGGGUCAUCAAGUGCUACAACAUACUAGCCUACGACUCGCACAAGCUGCAGAAGUGUUGCAAUGAUCCCGAAACAUAUUUCGAUGAAGGUGACUUCGAGUACCCCAACUACGGGAGUAUGAAACGCUUGGAGGACUUUAAGAACUUGGAGAACUUUGACCUUUCGUGUCGAGACGAGGAUCGUCCGACGGACAACGUAGCGCUGUCGAACAUGUCGGUGCUGAACCAGGAGCUGGCGAUCCCGUCGGUGGGCGGCUGCACGGUGACGCGCAUCCACGCCGCCCUGCAUCUGCUCGGCUGCUUGGACUCCUUGACUUAUGCACAUGACAUCAGGUUAAACCAAGCGGAUUCGCGAAGAGAAAGCUUGGGCUCCCCUAUAUUGGCGGUGAAGGAGGAGUUUCUGACUGUGAACCGAUUCGAUAGCAACGGCGGUGGCUGGGGAUACUCGGGACAUUCGGUAGAAGCUAUUCGCUUCAUGUGUGACACUGAUAUCAUACUGGGCGGCAUCGGCCUGUACGGCGGGCGCGGCGACUACACGGCGAAGGUGAAGCUGUUCGACCUGGGCAUGGAGGGCGGCGAGCAGGAGGGCGACGGCGAGCUGCUGCGCGAGACCGACGACAUCGUGUACGAGUGCCCGCCGCGCGACCGCUACCCCGUCAUGUUCGACACGCCCGUGCCGCUCGCCGCUAACCGCUGGUACGUCGCGUGGGCCUGCAUCAGCGGACCCUCCUCCGACUGCGGCUCGGCGGGACAAGCCAUGGUCAUCAAUGAUGAGAUUGGUUUCCAUUUCAAAACCUCCAAGAAAUCUAAUAACGGAACAGACGUAAACGCCGGUCAAAUACCGUGUUUCAUCUACAACACUGUCAAUCCUGAUCAUGCAUUACCCCUCAAAGUAGUGGACUUCGGAGAACCAGUUGUCGUCCUAAGCAAGAAUCUAUCCAGAAAAGUGACGGUGGCGUGUUUCAAGUCCCUCAUAACCUUAUUACAAUGGAGCUGGACUACUUUCAAAGAAUCCAGUCUAGAGACAAACGGAACGAUUCCGAUUAACUAUCAAAAGUUGAUGAUAAUGAAGCAUCAGAAGCGACUGGUUUACGUAAUCAGAGCAUGUCUGAGACUCGUCAAGUCUUACAUCAAUGAGAUAUAUCCUCAAAACAAUAGGAAGCGUAACUCGCACGAGUACAUGUCGUACUUCGAAGCUAUCGCGGAGGUGCGGAACCUGAUCCAGUCCAUAAUGGCGGAGCCGACGCCGACGUGCGCUAUGCUGGCUCGCAAGCCGGGCAAGAGCAAGAGCAACCGCGCGUGCUACGUGCAGUUCGCGCUGGAGCUGAGCUCGGCCGUGCUGGCGGAGGCGCACGACACGGUGACGGCGUGCUUCCACGCGUUCUUCCCCACGGCGGCGCUCAAGUGGGCGCAGGCGUGCUCGCUGCUGCAGGCGGUGCGCGGGGGCGCCGUGCCGCCGCGCGUGCGCCAGGAGCUGGCCGCCACCUGCGCCGCGCUCUGCGCCUCGCGCUGUCUGCGCGACCUGCUGCACCACGUCGUGCCGCUCACGCCGCCCACACCCGACGCCAAGGUAAUCAAAGAGGUUCCUUCCAAGUCCGCGACCGUGCCUCGUGCGUCGCACUCACAAAAACCACCCCCGAUUCCUCCAAGGGCUAACAACAGAGAUAUGCCAAAGCAACUGGAAGGCGAGGCGGACUCGAAAGCGAAUCCCGCAGAGUGGCACCUGCUGGACGUGAUCCCGCGGCUGCUGGACAUCGUGAUGAUCCCCAUCAAGGAGCAGAUGACGUCGCGGCCGUGCGGACAGGCGCACGACCACGGCGAGAUCAAGCAGAACGAGCGCCUCGCCGAGUUCUGCUGCAAACUCAUCGCCAGGAUCGUAGCCGAGCUCUCCAUCAGCGCCACCAGCGUGCGGGAGGAGAGCGAGUCGAACACGGUGAAGAACCUGGUGACGCCGUCGCGGUUCAUGCGCGUGAACCAGACGCGGGCGUGGAACACCGGCAACGGCAGCCCCGACGCCAUCUGCUUCACGGUGGACCGGCCCGGCGUCACGCUCGUCGGCGUCGGCGUCUACGGCGGCCUCGGCAGCUACGACUACUCCAUGGAGCUGCUGCACGACGUGCGGCUGCGCGCGGUGCCCGAGGAGGCCAACCCCACGCACUGCUGGGUGAGCGUGGAGAUCGCGCACGGCACCUACAGCGCCGCCGACCUGCACCACGACAUGGUGCAGCUCAAGUUCGAGCGCCCCGUCGUGCUCAAGGAGGAGUUGCGCUACGCCAUCCGGCUGUGCAACCAUGGCGGGCGCACCGCCAACGGCGACUGCGGGCUGCCGUCCGUGAAGGGCCCCGACGGCACCACCUUCCGGUUCGCCUCGUGCUCGCUCAGCUUCAACGGCACCACGCUCGCCCGGGGGCAGAUACCCUGCCUCGUUUACUACGGGUCGUCGAAGUGCGUGUCGAACGCGAUGGAGUGCGGGCGCGGGCUGGCGGGGUCGCUGCGCGGGCUGGCGCAGCUAGCGGCGGGCGCGGUGCUGGGCCGCGCGGCGGAGCUGCUGAGCGCGCUGCGCAGCGAGCUGGCGCCCGACGAGCUGCGGCGCCGCGCCGCCGCGCUGCACGCCUCGCCCGCCGUCUCCGUGCUGCUGCCCUACACGCUCGCGCAUCUCGACCACCUCGACGACCCAAAGAGCGUGAUCAAGCUGCUGGAGCAGAUCCACGCGCUGCUGCCGCACGUGGCGGCGCUGAACCUGCUGCUGCCGGGCCCGGAGGAGGCCAGCACCACCGGCCACUACUACACGUGGCUGGAGAGCGACCACCCUUACAAGCAGGCCACCGUCACCAACAUGCGGGUGCUGUUCCCGCGCAGCGUGUCGUGGGUGGUGCUAGAGAUGGAUCCGCGCAGCAUCACGGCGCAGCCCGAGGACUCGCUGACGGUGUACGCGGUGGCCGGCACUCCCAAGCAUCGCUGCCACUGCGCCGACGAGGUGCGCGUCUCCGACCCGCCUUUCAGAAAGCGGCUGGUGCAGCUGAGCGGCACGGGCGAGGUGGAGGAGCUGGCGGAGGACGCGGACGCCGACGCCGGCUGCAUGCACUACAACUGCUCCUACGUCAGCGUCACGCCGCGCCUCGCCAACAACGCCAACGACUGGCCGCAGAAGGCGCUGCUCAUCCCCGGGAACGAAGUCAUCUUCUCGCUCGAGACAGCCUCCGACUAUUUGACUGAAUACAAUAAGUCCAACAAUGAGGAGAACCGGUUCGGGUUCCGCUGCCUGUGCGUGGGCUACUCGGACGCGCCGAUGACGACGGCGCGCCAGGGCCUGGCGGCGCUGGAGAUGGAGCUGGUGCACGCGGCCGCCGCCGGCGCCUCCAAGUUGCUGGCGCCCGACAUCGACCUGCCGCCGCUCACCUUCUCGACGCUGGUGGAGGUGCAGACGGCCGGCGCGGACGGCGACGCGCCCGACACCAGCGAGGCGCUGCUGCUGGCCCGCGGCCUCGAGCUCUCCUCGCCGCCCACCGUGCACCAGGUGCUCGACGCGCAGCCGCUCAUGCGGUGAGUCAACUCUUCCUCUAUACUCACUACUCUACCGAACUACUUGUGCUAGUUUCAUUACAUCAAACAGUUCACCCACGUUUUACGGUGGCCUAUUGUUUUGCUUGCUACAGAUCAGUAAUUUACUUUCAUGUUUUAACCUGAAUGGUACUUAAAACAUAAAAUAGCUGAAGUAGUACCUACAUAUAAUAUCACCCUCUACCACAAUGAAAUAGAUGACGAAUUCGAGUUUUAAAUAUUUGUGGUUAAAAUUCUAUGAAAUUAUUUUGUUUCG